UUACAUGGUGUUUGGUGAGUUAGACAUCCAUGCUUACUCAGUCACUAUAUAUGUUUCCUUCUCUCAUACCAUCAACCCAACAAAAAGAACACAAAUACCUUACCAACCAAAUUGAAAGAAUUGGAGUAGUCAUGGAACCAACCAAUGCUGCUCAUGAGAUGGUGGAAACUAACGCUAGAGCUACCACUGACGCUCAGCUGUAUCCGCCACCCGAAGUGCUAGCCGUUGAUGAGAAUAUUACUGCGAAUCCAAGCCAUGACGGGAGAUACAUACAAUACAACAUACGCGACAAUAUCAUCGAACUCACUGCAAAGUAUAAGCCACCAGUCAUGCCUAUUGGCAGAGGUGCUUAUGGCUUCGUUUGUUCAGCUACAAACUGGGAGACCAAUGAAAAGGUGGCAAUAAAGAAAAUUGAUCAGGCAUUUGAAAACAAAAUCAAGGCAAAGAGAACUUUACGUGAAAUCAAGCUUCUUCGUCACUUCGAGCAUGAAAAUAUUAUUGGAAUCAAAGACCUAAUAUUGCCUCCUCAGAGAGAUGCUUUUGAAGAUGUAUACAUUGCAUUUGAGUUAAUGGAGACUGACCUUCAUAACAUCAUAACAUCCGGUCAAGAGCUAGAGUCACUUCAUUACGAGUUUUUCUUGUACCAAAUCCUGUGUGGAUUAAAGUACAUUCACUCAGCCAAUGUGUUACAUAGAGAUUUAAAACCAAGCAACCUCCUCGUGAACGAGAACUGUCAACUAAAGAUCUGUGAUUUUGGACUUGCUCGUGGUACUUCAGAGCAUAAUGCAAUGACUGAGUAUGUUGUCACAAGGUGGUACCGUGCACCUGAGCUUCUCCUGAACUCAUCUGCUUACACCUCAGCAAUAGAUAUAUGGUCCGUUGGCUGUAUCUUCUUGGAGUUGCUGACUCGCAAAACGGUCUUCCGCGGUAGAGAUCCUGUUCAUCAGCUUCGUUUGAUCUUGGAGCUCCUAGGCUCUCCAUCAGAAGAAGAACUUGGAUCAUUGAGUGAAAAUGCUAAGCUAUACUUAAGGCAGCUUCCUUAUCAUGAUCGCCAAUCAUUCUUUGUGGUAUUCCCAAACGUGCCUUACCCUGCUCUUGACUUGAUAAUGAAGAUGCUAAAGUUUGACCCUAGACAAAGAAUCUCAGUUGAAGACGCGCUUGAUCAUCCAUAUCUGAGAGAGAUGCAAGACUUCACUGAUGAACCAGUGUGCAUGACCCCCUUCAACUUCGAUUUAGAGGAACAGCCAUUCACAGAGGGGGAGAUUAAGGAGUUAAUCUACCGUGAAGCCUUAGCUUUCAGCCCUUAACCAACAGCAGUUGGAAACGGACAUUGACUUUGCCUUGGAAGCAAUUCAUGAAAAAAUCCAUCAUCAGUCUUCUAAACUCAUAAAAUAUUUCUAUGUAUUAAGAUAUUGUGCUAGAUAUCCUAAAUAAACCAUAUUUGGUA